AUGGUCGCGCAACUCGAAUCUGCCGAAUCGCUCAAAGAUGCGGGAAACUGUGCCUUAAAACGAGGAGAAUAUUCCAAAGCUAAUGAAUAUUACACAGAUGCACUUCAACUUACUAAUGAAAAUGAUAAAGAACUUCGAGCUGUGCUUUACAGAAAUCGUUCACUGUUGAGAUUGAAACAGAAUGAUUUCGAAGGGGCUGAGAGUGAUGCGACAAAAGCUAUUGAAUAUAAUGGCGCUGAUGUGAAAGCACUCUACCGACGAGCUCUAGCUCGUGAACACCUCGGCAAUGUAGCUGCAGCAUUCAAAGAUGCCAAAGAAGCCUUGCGAUUGAAUCCUAAGGACAAAUCUAUUUCUGAACUGCUACAACGACUAGCAAUCAUAAGUAAUGAAAAAGUUGAAAAAACCACGAGUAUGGAUAACAGGGUAAAGGAUAUGAAGGUUCUGGCAUUCGAAGGUUCUGCAAAAGACAAAGAACAGAAGUUGCAGGCGUUCAACAAUCUCCUUGUCCUUUCCAGAGAAUCUGAAGCGGGCGCCGCAAAAACAUGGCAAAUGGGGAAGGUUGUGCCAGCUCUGCUAGGCGUUGCCGAAGAUAUCAACGAGACGCUGGAAAUAUCUGUAUGUGCCGUCCGAAUCGUCGACGAGCUUAUCAAGGAUCAUAACAGAGCGUUGUAUUUCCUAUCAAUGCAUGACAAUGACGGUUUCCGUUCGGCACGACGUGUUUGUCGUCUGAUGUGUGCUAGAGAUGCGAAGGAAUAUGUGAAUGUGGCUGGAUCGAUUAUUCAAAGAAUAUUCAAUGCUCUUGUGAAAAUGGACCGUGCAAAUGAUAUAAAACCUGAUCCAAAAGUUGCUGAAGCCAACAAACUAUGGAUAAUUCGCGUCAUUGUGGAGUUAGAGUAUAUGUUAAAAGACAAAACUGUCGCAGCAAUCGCGCUUGAUAAUAAAACGGGUAUGUACAAGCUGAAGGUGUACUCGUUUUUCAAUAACCUCCUGGCGCGUGUCAUCAACGAUCCGGACGGUAAUGAAUAUCGUAUAAAACUUGCAGCUUAUUUAAUGACGUUGCUACAGGGCCCCGUUGAUAUUGGCAUGAAACUUAUCAAAAAUGAUAGGGUUAACAAUGUAAUGCUUCAAAUGGCUGAAUCUACUAAUCACCUUGUGCAAAGUAUUGCCGCUGAGUUGAUUGUGAUGACUGUUGUAGACUACGAGCAAGCUACCUCUACACUCAAGAUUGGCCUUCCAACUCUAAGAAAGUUGUAUGGUUCUGAUGACGACGCUGUGAAAGUUCGAGCCUUGGCGGGUCUUUGUAAAUGUGCUGCCGCCGGUAGUGAUGAUACCUCACGUGCAACAAUGAAGGAAGGAACAUCGCUGGAACUUGCCCGCGCAUGCAAAAAGUUUUUGUUGGAUGACGAGGAAUACAGCACUGAUGUUAGACGAUUUGCAUGCGAAGGUCUGUCCUACCUUUCUCUUGAUGCUGAUGUGAAGGAGUGGAUUGUCGAGGACUCGCUUUUGCUUCGGGCUCUGUCUUGCCUAGCUCAAUCCGCUGGAGCUCAUUGUGUGUUCGCUUUGGCUAAUAUUUAUGUGAAUCUCACUAACUCAUAUGAUAAACCGGAGGUGGAUGAGGAAUUAGUCAAACUAGCUGAGUUCGCCCAACAUCACGUACCUGAGGUUCACCCAAAGGACACUGUUGAGUUUGUAGAGAAGAGAGUGCGUUGCUUAGUUGAAGAGGGAGCCGUCGCAGCUUGUGUUGCAGUCGGUAAAACGGAAUCCCAUAAAGCAUUGGAGCUAAUUGCUCGGGCUAUGCUCGCAUUCUCUGAACAAGAAGAUCUGAGAGGCUGCAUCAUUUCUGAAGGUGGCAUAAAGCUCUGUCUACGAUUGACUAACGGAGCGACAGCAACAGGAAAAAUUAUGGCGGCUCACGCAAUCGCAAAACUUGGGGCUAAUACUGACCCACAAAUCGCUUUUCCUGGACAGAGAGCAUGUGAGGUAGUCAAACCUCUAUGUGAACUUCUGCACCCACACAUUGUAGGGGAACUUAAUUACGAUGCUUUGCUAACAUUGACUAAUCUGGCAAGUAUCAGCGAUUCGGUCCGUCGUCGUAUUCUCAAAGAAAAAGCAAUACCAAGAAUUGAAGAGUUCUGGUUUAUGACUGAUCAUGAGCAUCUCCGUUGUGCCGCCGCUGAAUUGUUGCUGAAUCUGUUGUUCUUGGAUGACAUCUACAAAGCUACCGUUGAACCUGGAACUGACAAGCUAAAGUUGUGGGUUCUGUACGCUGCCGAAGAAAACGAGCGUUUGGCACGCGCGGCUGCAGCAGCAUUCGCGAUGUUAACAGAAAACGUGGAUGCGGAUCGCCGAAUAUUUGCAGAGAUCGAGAGUUGGCCAGAAGUGCUCAAAAAGAUUGCAAUGCAUGAAGAUUCCGAGGCUCAACGGCGUGGUCUCAUUGGAGUUGCUAAUAUUAUGGAGAGUGAUGAGAAGUUAUGCUCGGAAGUUGUUGCGGUUCGUCAUCUUUCAAAGAUUCCUAGCGAGUUGUAA